AUGGAUGAUGCCACGACGGUCGGUCAUGAAUGCCACGUCGAGAUGAAUACGCUCAAGAUCCCGUACGGGUUCAACUACUCGAGUCCACACAGCGACGUUGUGGUGACGCCGAGUUGUCUGCGCUCUCUCUUCGCUCUGUUUGCCUGUGUCCGACAUGCUCAAGCUUGCGCGCUGACGGGGCCUUCGGAGAGCGGGAAAAAGACGCUGAGCGUCCAAGUGAGCUCGAUUAUAGGGCGGCGCCACUUCGGCGCGACGUUGACGUCGUAUACACACGCAACGCGCCUGUUAAUAGGUGCACUGUAUGCUGGAGGAACAUUUUGUGCGAAGUUGCAGCAUAACCUGAAUAUACAGGAUAACGCGCCGCUGAUCAAGACGUUGGCUACCACGCUUGCGGCAAUCGAACACGCUGUACUGACCAAGAAUUCGAUCGUUGGAGUACAUCGCUCGCCGAUCACGCUUAGUCCAGGGACAGCCAUGUUUGUGGUGUUCCCGUCGAGUGUGAGGAUGAGAGACGCGGAGGAGAUUCGAGUUUGGACGGAGAGUUUGAGUCACUUUGCGAUUGUGCACAGCUUUUGA